UGCACCUCAUCGAUCGAGCCAAACCUACCAGAGCAAACACCACUGACCCCAACACGUCCCAGGAGCAAGAAUACAGAGAGGAACCGAAGAUGAGCGUGGAGAUCCUGGACGGGAGCACGGUCCGGAGCUUCGUGGAGGACGAGGGCGCCUUCAACGCCUCCGUCGACGGCCGCUUCGCCGCGCUGGACGCCGACCGUGACGGCCUGCUCACGUACGCGGAGAUGGCCGGGGAGCUCAUGAGCCUCCGGGUGCUCGAGAAGCACUUUGGCGUGGACGACGCCGCGUUGCGGGCCGAGGAGCUCGGGGCGCUGUACCGCGGCCUGUUCGCGCGGUUCGACAGGGACGGCAGCGGCGAGGUGGACCGGGACGAGUUCCGGGCGGAGAUGAGGGAGGUGCUGCUCGCCGUGGCCAACGGGCUCGGCUUCCUCCCCGUGCAGAUGGUCGUCGAGGAGGGCAGCUUCCUCAAGACUGCCGUCGACAGGGAGCUCGCCCAGCUCGCCAAAGCUGCGUAAAGCUCUAGUACUAAAUUACUCACGACCAUGGCUUAUCUCGGCAGCGGAUUUUUCGCAUUUAUUUUUUUCCUAUUUGUAACUUCAGAUAUUGUGUUGAGCUACAUCAUUACUAAUUAUAAACGUAAUAGUUUUUUUUCUAUUCCGAGGAUGUAACCGUUGAUCGUGAGAUAUGCAUUGGGUGCUACAUUUUUUUAA